AUGGUUUCGGUCGGUUCUUCUCUCUUUGAGAUUUCCGGUCUUUGGUUCCAGCUCUUCGCCAUUCUCCCACUCGCGAUUCUUUCUAAAAUCAGUCUUCUCGUCGCGUCUCUUUUCAUGUGUGUCGUUUCCGGCGUGGACGGAAUGGAUUCGAUUCGAAGGAUGGUGUUGGACGCGAUCGAACGCAUCGUCAACCCGAGCGACUCUCGCGCGAGAAAUAAGAAGACAACAAAGAAAGGAAAGAGAAUAGGUAAAAGUGGGAAACGCGCAGGUGGUGGUAAAAACGGUGGAUCGGACGACGAGGACGACGACGGGCCGUUUUUUACCGACCCGUCCAUCUUACCCACGCGGUUCAAACACACGUGCAACGGAGACGUGGAGUUACAGUUGCGAAAAUACGAACGACACGUCAAUUUUAAAAACGAGGUGAAUUUCGAGACGAUUUUGUGUCGAGCGUGCCCGAACUACGCGAGUGUGAAAGAGAACUACGGCCACGCGUUCCACGGAGUCACGAAAACUGGUCACGUGUUACAAUUAGAGCGACCGUCUGGGUGGCAAAAACUCGUCGACGCGAUGAAAGCGAGAGGGUUCGAGAGCGAUCCGACGACGCCGGUGAAAGAACACAUCGCGUUCGUGACCAUGUACGCGUUCGAUAAAGUGGACACGAGACCGUGGCCGGAUGGGAAGAUCACUCGGAUCGUCGAUGUCUCCCAAUUUAGCGCGGGAGAGUUGAAUUUAGAAGUUUUGGGAUUUCUGAGGCAAAUGGCAAAGUUCGGAAGCGCGUUUUUAUGCGAACGACACGGCAAAGUGUACUUGUGUAAACCAAGCCCGACGUUUAGGUUCGUCUACGCUUUAGUCGCCCCGUUAGCCUCGACGAAAACGUUAGAUAACGUGUUCAUUUUAGAUAGCGUGGAAGAAAUGCGCGCUAAGAUAAGCGAAGAGAUUGAUUUGAAGCACGUGCCGAAAGAGUUUGGCGGCGAUUGCGAGUGCCCGGGCGGAUGUUGGUUCGGGCAUCCCAGCGAGAAGGCUUUGAACGCGAAGAAGAAGACGUGGUAA